AUGUUAUCAUGCCUCACCCGACCGCGUAUAGGGCGCGUGACCGCUUCCAUUGUACGGACACAUACUAAACGUUCUUUCUCAAUCAAGUCUUUCUCUUCAAAUUCAAAAAUUUACAUUGCAACUGCAGGUCUGAUCACCACGCCCGGCCUGUGGUGGUUGACCGCUACAAAGGAUGAUGUGCCCCUCCUCGAGAGUUCAUCAGCGGAGCACUUGGCCCCUAAGCUGGGCCCCUCCAAAGAGGAUGUGACACGCAUACUAUCGAAAGAAGCAUACUCCUUCCAGGUCAGAAAUAUUUCUGGAAUCACUAGAUACGAUGGCACUCAAUUGGCAUCAAACAGCCCUUGCGAGGAUCGGUUUAUCCAUGGCAAACUUUCCUCGCCAUGGAAUGAGAAUGAUCAAUGGAUGUCCUGGGCCGUUUUUGAUGGACAUUCAGGCUGGCAGACAGCGGAUCUGUUGACGAAGCAUCUCCUGCCAUUUGUGCGACGCAGAUUGGCCGAAAUUAAACCACUUUCAAACGAGCCAGUACCAAAUGAGUCGGUCCAGCGCGCUAUCAUGAAAGGAUUUGUGGACCUUGACGACUCCAUCGCCAAGACUGCACAGGAAACAUCUACGAGCAAAGAAUCCUUUCAGGACAAGAUUAAGAAACUGGCCCCUGCUUACGCUGGUUCAUGUGCGUUGCUAUCCCUGUACGAUCCUACCACAAGCACGUUGCACGUUGCCUGUACUGGCGACUCAAGAGCGGUUCUGGGACAAAAAGGGUCUGACGGCAAGUGGGAGGCAAUUCCCCUGUCAAUAGACCAAACUGGCAGCAAUGAAGAAGAGAUCACCCGCAUUUCUAAGGAGCACCCGGGCGAGGAAAACAUAGCCAAAGACGGACGGGUUCUUGGUCUCAUGGUCUCACGAGCGUUUGGUGAUAUUCUGUGGAAGUGGCCUGUGGAGUUCCAGAAGGAAAUGAAGCGGAAAUUCAGUGUUCCACCACCCCUAACGCCACGGUACGAUGUUCGCACACCCCCAUACUUGACUGCCGAGCCGGUCGUGACAAGUACCAAGAUCGAUUCUAAUAAACCCUCGUUCUUGAUUCUCGCUACGGAUGGGCUAUGGGAUUACCUCUCCAAUAAACAGGGUGUCGACUUGGUAGGUAACUGGCUGGAGCAAGGGACCGGGGAGACAAAGAGUGAACUAGAGCCAACAGAAAGCCAAUUUGAUUUUGGCAGAUUCUGGAAAGAUGUGAAUUGGAAGUUUGUGGAGGAGAGAACAACAACUCAAGAUGAUAAUGCGGCAGUGCAUCUGACGCGCAACUCCCUUGGUGGGAAUCACCAUGAGAUGAUAUCAGGCCGGCUUGCCUUUGAUCCUCCUUUCUCUCGGCGGGUACGGGAUGAUAUUACCGUGCAGGUGGUUUUCUUUAAUAUCGAGAAGUAA